UGCAGCUUCUUUAUAAUAAUUUUAGGGCAAUUCUCAAUAUCAUACCACAUUUGCUCAUCACAAGAUUAGAACAAUGAUAGUGGGUGGUGGGCUACGAAAUACUACUGGCUACUUUCUAGCUCUGUUAAUCAUAUUAUUGCUUCUCAUGAAUGGUGAAAUUACUUCUGAUUAUCUAUCAAGUGCGAAGGCUCCAAUUUCUUGGAUUAACAACAACUCAAACUCUAGUUGGGACUCAGAGGAGUUGACACUGCAACCUAUCUUCGUCAAUGGGCAUUUCGUUUGUGGCUUCCACUGCAAGGUUGAAGAAAACAACACCUGCCUCUUUGCUAUCUCUAUCUUCUUUGUUAGAGAAUCAUGUCCAAUUUCAAAAAUGGUAUGGUCUGCUAAUCAAAACAAUCCGGUUAGACGUGGGGCAAAAUUGCAACUUUCCCAACAAGUGGGUCUAACACUGCAAGAUGGUGAUAACACUCUGGUUUGGUCUACAAACACAUCAGGUAAAUCUGUUUUGGAUUUGACGUUAACUGGUGAAGGUAACCUUCGGCUGUUUGAUGGGAACAACGAGACGGUUUGGCAGUCUUUUGAUCAUCCGACUGACUCUGUGGUGCCGGGACAGAUACUAGUUUCUGGGCAGAAAUUGGUGGCGAGUAUGUCGCCCACAAAUUGGAGUGAGGGUUUAUAUUCAUUUUCUAUUGAUAAUAAUGGUCAUUUUGUUACUUAUAUGGAAUUAGAUGCCUCCCUGCUCUAUUACCAAUCCUCUAAUUCCCAAUCAAGAGACCAAACGGGACAGUUUUAUGCUAAAUUCGAGUCGGAUAAUUUUGGUACUCUCUCCUUUCCAGGAGAAGGGAAAGGGACAACUAAAUUGUGGAUAACUUUUUAUAUUAUACAAUUUGACCAUGAUGGGCACUUAAGAGCCUUCUGGCAGACAGUAUCAGGGUGGGAGAAAGCCUAUGAUUUGUUUGAGAACAUACUUGAUUCAUGCAGUUACCCAUUGGUGUGCGGAAAAUACGGAAUUUGUUCAGCGGGAGGACCGUGCAGCUGCCCAGAAGCAGAUAAAAAUGGAGGUACGUAUUUCAGGCAGAUAAAUUCUUCACAGACGUGUUCUCAAUCGAAUCCAAUAUCUUGUAAGUCUCCUAACCAGAGUCUUCUUGAAGUCAAGGACGUUGAUUUUGCUCUUCAUGAUUUUGUUCUUCAUGAUUUUGGGCGAGGUAAUUAUCACAAAACAGACAAAGAGAGCUGCAAGCAAGGCUGUUUAAAGAACUGUUCUUGCAAGUAUGCUCUUUUUAUACAUGAAAAUGAUAGUAAUUCCUCAUCACCUGGCCAGUGCUUUUUAAGAUCCGAAGCUUUGUCGUUCAAGCGAGUGAAUACAUCUUACAAUCAAUCAUCUCUGUUUUUAAAGGUCCAAAGUCUUCAACUUGCACAUAUUCCUCCAUCACCAUCGCCAGUUUUACCUAGAGGGAAUUCAGCUGCACCGAUUUCUCCACCGCCGGUUUCUUCUAAAAAAGGGAGAAGACAGAAUAUGGGAGUUAUACUUGGAUUCACUCUUGGAGCCUCUUUUAUUGUGCUUCUUAUUAUCUGCAUUCUCUCUAUCCUAAAAAUAAAGAAGGAUCCAAACGAGGUUGAGGAGGAUUAUCUGGGCCACAUAUCAGGAGCACCCUCAAGAUUCUCUUAUGAAGAAUUAAAGGUUGCGACUAACAACUUUAGCAACAAGCUUGGCGAGGGAGGAUUUGGUUGUGUUUUUCAAGGAACAUUACCUGGUGGUGCUCAAAUUGCAGUGAAAUGCCUUGAUGGUUUUGGUCCUGUAAGGAAGUCAUUUAUAGCUGAGGUUGAGACCAUAGGAAGCAUUCACCAUUUCAAUUUGGUACGACUAGUUGGGUUUUGUGCUGAGAAAUCCCAUAUGCUUUUGGUUUGAGUAUAUGUGUAAUGGGUCAUUGGAUCAAUGGAUCUUCUACACAGACAAAGCAAUUGUUCUUGGUUGGCAAUGUAGAAGGAAGAUCAUUCUAGACAUAGCCAAGGGACUAGCAUAUCUCCACGAAGGAUGCAGGCAGAAAAUAAUUCACUUGGAUAUCA